CGCGAAAUCCCUUCAAAUCCGCUUAUCAUAAAGGAUGACUAAUGGGACGUCAAGUAACUUGUUCUCAUCGCUCAAUAUAUAAGGAGUGUAUCACUUUGCUCUUCACUUUAUUGUCAUAGAACAUGUACAUCGUUCUAGUUCUGCUCUCGUUGGUCUACGCAGUCGUGCCACAAUAUCAUACUCCUUCGCAUCAAGCGCUGAUUAAUUUCAAUUUCGUGACCGAUUGCGUAAUAGGGGGUUGGGGCACGAGAUACAACCACUACGGAUGCUGGUGCGGCAAAGGUGGUUCGGGUACACCAAUCGAUGCCAUUGACAGGUGCUGCAUGCAUCAUGACAAAUGUUACGAUAGGGCUGUGGCAAGCAAGGUAUGCGGCGACAUCAGGCAGUACUUCGCGUUGUACAAAUGGGAUUGUGUCAAGACGCCAAACGGGAACAGAGCCGUAUGUAGAGGUACAAACACCGGUUGCGCAGCGGCUCUUUGCAAAUGUGACACUGAAUGUGUUGAAUGCUGGAAGAAUGUAAAAGACAGCAGAGGGAAGACGAUAAUCCCUUCUUUAUGGCCCUUCGGAAUCGGAAAGCCGGGCUGCCCCAAGAAGUAAAGGGCAAUACGAUACACAUGGAGACAGUGCUCAUGGUUACUUUGUCUUCAAAAUGUUUCAUAUGAUUUUCCAAAUUUUUCUCUUUUGAUGAUUGUUUAUUCUGCAAACGUUCUUUUUUCAAAAUUUCAUGCAAUGUCUCCUGACCUCCCAUG